AUGAACUGGUCCAGUUACAUCGUGAUGCAGUGGUUACCCACCUACAUGGUCCGAUUUCUCCGAGCACGACGUGAAGAUUUGGUCCUCACGGCUCUGCCCUAUCUGAGUAAUUGCGUUGCCAGUAUCGCUGCCGGUCACAUUGCUGACCACUUUAUUCAACGUCAAUGGAGCGUAUUGGCUGUGCGCCGGCUUAUGACUUGCAUAGGUCUAGCUGGUCCGGGCUUGCUGAUGUUCCUUUUCUCGUCUUAUUCUACGGUGUAUUCUGCCAUCGGAAUUAUAACUGUGUGCAUGAUGCUGUCUGCCUUCAACUCGGCCGGUCAUUUGAGCAAUCAUGUAGAGGUGGCUCCGAAUCAUGCUGGAAUCACGUUUGCCAUUAGUAACACCAUAGCAACCAUUCCGGGCAUCUUGUGCGGUCCAAUGACGGCAGAACUGGUCGUGCAAUCCGACGGCCGCUGGUUUCCCGUGUUCUUCAUCGCCGGUUGUGUCAAUCUCGUGGGGGCUGUGGUCUAUACAAGCCAAAGCUCAUCUCUGCAAGCGCUGUGA